UUUUUUUUUCUUUCUUUUCUAAACUCCACCGUCUCUUUCUUUUCUUUACUUCCCUACUCUCCUAUCACUACAUUAUCCACCAUGGGUCUCUCUGAAUUUUUCUCUACUUUCAUUCCCACUGUCUACGCUGACGAAGAAGAACAACCUGUCGAAAUUGUAGAAGAAGAAGCUCCUGCUGCUGAAGAAGAAGUAGUGGAAGAAGAAGAAGAAGAAGAAGAAGAAGAAGAACCUGAAGAUCCUAAGGAAGCUAUCAUGGAAGAAUGCGCCAAGCAAUGUUCUUCUCUUAAGCACCACCUCGAUGAGUGCAAUGAACGUGUUGAAAAUGGCUCUUCUGAAAACUGUAUUGAAGAAUUCUUCCAUUUCAUGCACUGUGCUGAUGAAUGCGCUGCUCCCAAGAUCUUUGCUGCUACCAAAUAAAUGAUAUGCCUCUCCAACAACACCCUUCCUAGUUCUUUCUUUUUCUUUUACAAUUAUACACUGAAUAAAAUCACUUAUAUACAUGCA